GUUAUUUUUGAUAAUGGUUAUGAAUCAGAAGGUUUUUUCUAGAGACGAGUGACCCGACAACAUACGUUCUUUUGAGCUCAUUCUAUCACAAUUUGAUUCUAUUUUCUCUUUUUAGAUCUACGACCUUAUUGUUAGAACAUGAAUAAUUAACAAUAACGAAAACGAACUGCAUAUACAAUAUGCUUUUAUAAUUAUUAAUCUAACUAAUAGGAUAGAAAAAAAAAUCCAAUAAAUGAGUCGAUCUGCAUGUCGAUUAUAAUUAUUAAUUAAAUUCUAUGAAUUCAUAUUGAUAAGUUAAAUAUUUUUCUUUAAAAUAAAGCAAAAUAAUAGAAGAAUAAAUUUAUUAUUAAACAUGAUGAUACGAUUUCUAUUUAAGAUAGUUUCAUAAAAAAGAAAAUACUGUUUCGAAUAAUGCAACAGCCAAUAUCGUGGACAUCAAUAGCAAGAGCUGAUGUUGAUGCUAUUGAACAUUUCAAAUCAGUCGAUUCAUUAUCGAUUAAUCAUGGAUUUUCUUUGAAAACAGGUUACAAGUAGAACUAUGACUGAAUUUAUGAUUUUUUUUUGUUUUUUUGUUAAAUAUCUUAGAAAAUAUUCUUUUCUGUUUUUUAGUAUUGACUAACCUUCCAAUGCGACCAAAAUAUGGAAUAUUUAACAAUCGAGGUGAACAUAUAUUUUCUGCAUUUGAAGAAUCGGAUUUAUUUCAACGUAUUUGUUGUACAAAUGAGCGAGAAUUUACUAUGCAUGUUCUUGACAAUAAUAGUCGAGAACUUAUUCGAGUUCAUCGUGAAUUACAAAGUUGUUCAGGAUGUUGUUGCUGUGGUAGUUGUGAAGGUUGUAUGCAACAAGUUACCGUUGAGUGUCCACCAGGACAAAUUAUCGGCAUUGUUCAACAAGAGUACUGA